CAUAUUUUAUUCUUUGCAUUUUCUAAUCAUAAAAAUAUAAUUUUUGAUCCUUUUUUGUUUCUGUUCUUUUUCAAUCAUCUUCAAGUUUUGAUCUUUAAGUCUUCUUCUGUCAUUUUCAUGCCGACUCGCCUUUUAUGUUGGAAUUGAAAUUCUACCAUUUUCGUUAAGCUUUAUGAAUUAUACAAAACAUGUAUGUAUAUAAAUAUAUUAAUUUAGAAGUAGUUGACUGUAUGGCUGCCUGGAUUAAACAAAUGGUUGAGUCAGGUUUGGUCUCCAUAACCAUGAGGGGUGUUUGGGAUCUGCCGUUUUUCGAUGUUCUGCCAGGGUUUAACGUUCUUUACUUGUUUUAUUAAUUGGUUUUUGUGACACAAGAAAAUGUGAUUUUUGUUUGUUUUGCAGAAAUUGAAGGGUACAAUCUAUGUUCGAGUUGGCAUAUAUUGUUUUCUACAAUGGGAUGAAUUUGAGGUUGUCCAGUUAACUGGUGUCAUUCAAUCGGCCUCAAAGAAAAUAAAGAAGCUUGUUAAGUUUAGCUGAUGACUUUUUCUAUGUGUGAUGAAUCUCUGAGAUAUGGUACCACAGAGGAGGGUGGAUUAUGGCUUCAAUGGCUACCAAAUGCCUAAAGUUCCUCGAGCUUCUAGAUCAGCUAGGGGAAAGGGACCUAUCAGGAAGAAACUUGAAGGCAAUCAGAUUCAUGCGUUUGAGAUUUUGGCUAGUGUAGCCGGUGAACUAUUGGAAAGUGAAAAUUCUCUACCUAGUAAUGCUUCUUGUGGAAAGGAUCCUCAUUACGCGUUUGAUGAUACCAUAAGGAAGCAACAGAAUGAAGGAAACUCGUUGAAGGAAGAACCUUGUGAGUGGGGAAGCUGUGAUGAAGAAGCCUCCUUGCAUGCCUGUGGGGUUCAAGUGCACCAACAAACUCAUACUGUAAAUCAGGUUUUGCAACCACAAGAACACAUUAGUUUUGAGAUGAGUGCAACAUCGAAAAGUAAUGAUCAGUCGGAGAAGGUCUGUUUUCCAAAAAAGUUGGGUACAGUUGAUAGCAGUUCUUCUUGUGGAAGCUAUUCUAAUAAAGUAAUCAGUGACUGUCCCUUAUCUGGGGAUUUUAUAGAAGAGGAAGAGAAAGCACAUGCUGUACGAAAGAGGAAACUUGAGGAUGAACUAUCAAAGGAUACAAGUAUAAAGAAUGGAAAAGUCUGUUCAGAAGAUUUGAUAGAAAUGGAAGGAAAGGCUCCUGAAUUGGUCAGUUGUAAACAUGAUGUGAAGGAGCCUUUGUUAGGGGAUUGCAAAACUCAUAAUUCUUUCCUCUGCCAUUGUGUUGAAGUAGUUGGUAGGGAUGAUGGUGAAAAUUUUGUUGGGAAUGUCCAACCCUGUACGAUGGUAAAGGAGUUUGAGCACAAACCAGAUGUUGGUGAUAGGAAAAUAAAGAAAAUUUCAGCAUCCAAGCACUGGCAAAUAGCUCCAGAUACAAAGAUUGGGAGUUAUCAUAGAACUGAUGGGAAAAUAAAGCAAGUUUACCAUAAUGGGAGACCUUGUUACGCACAUCAAAGAUCACAGAAGAUCUAUCCUUUUAAGAAGAGAAAGUUCUUUUACCAGAAGCCAUUCACUACGUCUGAUAGAGGCUGUAACUGUGAAAACAUAUAUAGUUCUCCUGACAACAGAGAAGAUGGUGGCAACUGUAAUGCAGAAAUUGGACGUUCAUCCUCAACAAUAGGUCGAGAACCUCUUAAGUCCACUGAUCGUAAUGUGAGGGUCAGUAUUAAAUCGUUCAAAGUUCCCGAGCUUUUCUUUGAAAUUCCCGCAACUGCGACUGUUGGUUCUUUGAAGAGAACAGUAAUGGAUGCAGUAACUUCUAUACUCGGAGAUGGGUUACAUGUUGGCAUCCUGGUUCAGGGAAAGAAGGUCAGAGAUGACAAUAAAACAUUACUUCAGACUGGGAUUUCGCCUGAUGACAAGCUUGACAAUUUGGGUUUUACCUUGGAGCCCAAACAUACAAAACUUAUGUAUUCUCAAUGCGGGAAUGUUCCUUCCUCUGUAUCUGGCAGAUGCCAGGAGUUAACUAGGCAUUCUGCAUCUUUGGUCUCACGACCAGCGACUUCAAAUGUCUCCCUGAAUCCUACAGCAAUCAAUUUGGGCAGCAGUGUUGACAAAGACUUGAAAGCAGUACCCUCUCCUGCUAGUACUUCAAUUGUCAAAACCCCACCAGCAUCCCAAGCAUUGGUUGCAGUUCCGCCAAUUAAUGCAAAGCCACUGGCCGUUGUUCCUUUUCAUAGGAGAUCUGGGCAUCCAGUGUAUGUACAACGCCGUAUGAGGAGACCUUUCUCUGUUUCAGAAGUAGAAGCCUUGGUUCAGGCUGUUGAGAAACUUGGAACAGGAAGGUGGCGUGAUGUUAAAAUGCGUGCUUUUGAUAAUGCAAAGCAUCGAACCUAUGUGGAUUUGAAGGACAAGUGGAAAACAUUGGUGCACACCGCUAGGAUCUCACCUCAGCAAAGGAGAGGAGAACCCGUUCCUCAAGAGCUUUUGGACAGAGUCCUAGCCGCCCAUGCCUACUGGUCUCAACGGCAAGCCAAGCAACAGCUCAGAUUAGCAGCAGAUUGAGAGCUGGAAUGGAGCAGGUAAAUAAAGCUUAACUUUAGAAAUCGCAAGAUCUUGCGAUUUCGUAAAUUGUAUGUAAAAAAGCUGACAGAUAGAAAAAAUUUCAUGUAAAGGGUCCUAAUGUAAUAUGCUUGUCGAUUCACAAGGCACCACCAAUGUAGCUCUUCUUUCCCAGUUUAACAGUCUGAUGUGUUUUGUAAAUGAUUCUUUCUGCAACUAGAACAUGCUCAGCCAGUUGAUUCAAUUUCAAGCCCUCAUUGAAUUUUCA